AUGGGGGAAAUUACAUACACGUAUGUGAAAGAUUUACGACCUGGGCUGAAAAAUAUCAACAUCAUGUUCAUUGUUCUUGAUAUAGCCAAACCGACAAGAACAAAAGAUGGCCAUGAGGUACGAUCUUGUAAAGUUUCAGAUAAAACCGGGUGUAUCAAUAUCUCUCUCUGGGAUGAACUGGGUGAGGCCUUACAGACCGGUGACAUCUGUCGAUUAACUAAAGGCUAUGCUAAUGUGUGGAAAGGUUCAUUAACUUUGUAUUCGAGUAAAUUUGGUGACAUUGUCAAACUAGGAGAAUUUUGUAUGCAGUUUUCUGAAACGCCAAAUAUGAGUGAUCCAAAUCCUGAAUUCCUUAAAAUGGUGAGCAUGGUUUUAUAUUUAUAA